ACUUUUAAAUUCGGUAUGAAGUUUAUCGAAGUAGUUAUGUAUGAUAGUCUCGUUUUUAUAACACGAAAACAGAUUACCUAAGGAACAUGGGUUUUGACAUGAGGGUUUCUCAGCCUGGUAUUAACAAAUAUAAACUUUCUAUAAAAAAUGUAGUACUGUUUGGUGUUAUGGUUUAAAGUUAGGUUAACGUCAAGAGAGAAUGAUUGAAGUGACAGCAAAAUUAGUAAAAGGUCCUGUAUAUCUUGCUGGAGAGGCAGUGGAGUGUUAUAUUACGUUUUUAAAUCCUCAAGUGUCAACUCAUAAACGGGCUCAAAGUAACAGUGAUGUGUUUGAGAACUUGGUGUGGGCGAGUGUCCAGAUACACUGCCAGUGCUCCACAAGCAGCAGAGUUGCGUAUCCGAGCGCAGACAACGCGUACGCCGCGGAGGAGAUAUCGACAGCCAACACAGCAGACACCUCGUUUGCACCUUGCCGAGGGGAGAGAGGUCAUGUGGUACUAUCAACCAAGCCAAAGAUACUUUUUUGUGACCUCCGGCUGUCCACAGGAGAGAGCAAGUCUUACAUGUACUCGGAAGUCCUCCCAAGCGAGGCUCCGCCGUCGUACAGAGGACAGGCCGUCAAGUAUUCGUACAAGGUAACCAUUGGCACCCAGCGAGUCAACAGUCUCAUCAAGCUGCUGCGCGUCCCCAUUCGCGUACUCGUGGUCAGUGGCUUCCCAGACGCCAGCCUGUGUGGCGACAGCGAGGACCUGGCUCCCAGCAACCCGUUCCUGGAGACGCAGCAGAAGGAGACGCCGUUUGAUCUGGCGGUCCAGACCCUGCAGAACAUGACCGCAAAGAGGAGUCCCAACUUCUACAAUGUAACCAACUCGGGGGGAAAAGUUGUGAGGUUCUGUUUGUUCAAACAAGCUUAUAAACUUGGUGAAGACAUCGUCGGAACGUUCGACUUCAGCGAUGCAACCGUAACUUGUGUGCAGGUGCUGGUGAUCCUUCAGAGCGAGGAGGAGAUAGUGCCCGGGUGCAAGCGCUGGGCCAAGCAGGGCCCCGCGGUCGUGUCCUACAACAGGUUCCACGAGGUGUGCCACAGCCUGCGGCACUCCCAGCUCAUCCUGCCCAUCCCCCUGCACAUCACGCCCGCCUUCAGCACCGACCUGGUCACCCUGAAAUGGAGGCUCCACUUUGAGUUUGUGACGAGCGGAAGCAGCGAGGCGCUGCCUGUCCCCGAGCCGGACGCCAACGGGAACGUGUGGCAGGGCCCGGCCACGCUCCACAUAGAGACCAUGAUCUGGAACCUGCCCGUCAAGAUCUGCCCCACCGUGCCGUCGCAGGUGUCCCACGGCCUGCAGGCGCAGUCCAAGUACCGCGUCAACAUCUGACACUGUUCCCAGCAUGCGUCAGUGACAAGAGAUGCACAGCAAACAUCUUUUAUUGUGUGGACUGUUGUUCAGUGACCUGCCAAGCAACCUACGCGACUAGCAGACCUUGCUGGCAAGCACUAACUGGCAGGGUAAUACAUUUCAUGUACUGCUAGUGUAGCAGCCUUUUAACCCUUAUAUAUUUAUUUCUAUAAGCUUGCUGUAUGUUUUGUAAAUAUGGUUGAGAUGGGUUGAUGUAUUUGUACAGAGAAAAAUAUAUUAAUUGCAAUGUAA